CACUUUACAGCGUGUAGAAUGUCUCGGACGCUUAAAAGUUCCGCUUCCUGAAUAUUAGCAUGUGUUUUAAGAAAGUUAUAAUCUGUGUGUUGUGGACAGCAUGUGUGUGUCAGACUGCAGGAAAACAGCAUGAUCCAAAUAUCAUCAUCAUGCUUAUGGAUGACAUGGGAUGGGGUGAUUUGGGGGUGUUCGGGGAGCCGUCCAGGGAAACCCCGAGUUUGGAUCUGAUGGCCGCUCAGGGAAUGCUGUUCCCGAACUUCUACGCUGCAAACCCGCUGUGUUCCCCCUCCAGGGCUUCUCUGCUCACUGGAAGACUUCCCGUGCGUAAUGGUUUCUACACCACCAAUGCUCAUGCUAGGAAUGCAUACACACCUCAGGAGAUUGUGGGGGGAAUAUCUCAGGACGAGAUCCUGCUUCCAGAACUGCUGAAAAAGAAAGGUUACGUCAGCAAGAUCGUUGGAAAGUGGCACCUUGGGCACAGAAGUCAAUACUUGCCUCUGAAGCGUGGGUUUGACGAAUGGUUUGGUGCCCCGAACUGCCAUUUCGGCCCCUACAAUGACAGCUUCCGACCCAAUAUACCCGUCUACAAUAACUCUGAAAUGAAGGGAAGGUAUUAUGAAGAGUUUGAGAUUAAUGUGAAAACAGGGGAAUCCAACAUCACCCAAAUCUAUCUGGAGGAAGGCUUGGACUUUAUCUCUCGGCAAGCCACGGCCCAGCGGCCCUUCUUUCUCUACUGGGCUCCAGAUGCAACUCACACACCCGUUUACGCAUCAAAACACUUCUUGGGAAAGAGUCAGAGGGGGCGUUAUGGUGAUGCCGUGAUGGAGUUGGAUUACAGCAUUGGCCAGAUUCUGGAACGACUGGUCAGUCUGGGAAUCCACAACGACACGUUUGUGUUCUUCACUUCUGAUAACGGGGCAGCGGUGAUGUCUGGACCGAGACAAAGUGGCAGCAACGGCCCGUUUCUCUGUGGGAAAGAGACUACGUUUGAAGGUGGGAUGAGGGAACCAGCCAUUGCCUGGUGGCCUGGACGAAUCCCCGCUGGCACAGUAAGCCAUCAGUUGGGCAGUGUGAUGGAUCUCUUUAGUACGAGUCUCUCCGUGGCCGGCGUUCGUCCCCCUGAUGACCGUGUCAUUGAUGGUCUGGAUUUGAGUCCUGUACUCUUCAACAACUCACUGCUCGACAGACCCAUCUUCUAUUAUCGUGGAAACCAGAUGAUGGCGGUGCGGAUCGGGCAAUACAAGGCGCACUACUGGACUUGGAGCAACUCAUGGGAGGAGUUCAACAAGGGAGUAAACUUCUGCCCUGGUCAGGAGGUCCCCGGGGUCACGACACACACUCAGGAGGAUCACAGCAUGCGGCCGCUGAUCUUCCACUUGGGCCGCGACCCCGGCGAGAGGUUCCCGAUCAGUGUUCUGUCUGAGGAGUAUGAGGAGUUCGUCAGACGAGCGACUGCAGUCGUGAAGAAACAUCAGGAACGUCUGAUCCCUGCAGUUCCACAGCUCAACAUGUGUGACGCAGCAGUGAUGAACUGGAGUCCUGCUGGCUGUGAGCGACUGGGAAAGUGUCUGAAACCACCCGAGUCCAAGCCGUGGAAGUGUGACUGGCCACAUUAAUGGAGUUUAUCAUCUACAAUAUUCCAGUUUAAAAUGAUAUUUGUAUUUUCUGUGUCUUUAAAAGGGAUAAUUCACCCAAAAUUAAAAAUCAGCCUAUGAUUUACUGUUACUCUAAGAAUUAUAUGACAUUCUUCUUUCAGAUGAAAUCAGAAAAAAAUGUCCACAAAAGUGUAUCUAUCCAUCAUAAAUUGGAUAUUUUGUAUUAUAACUCUGACUCUGGAGAAGAAUGUCAUAUACAACUAUGACUCAAGGGAGAGUAAAUCAUGGGCUUAUUUCCACUUUUGGGUGAACUAUUCUUUUAAUUUAGUGUUUUAAAGCAUUUAAUUUUGACAUCAAGAGUCAUUGUAACUUUAUUCUUAGAAUAUUUUGCGUUCAUGAAUAUUGUUACACUUUUAGACGUUUGAGUGUUUCUGUCACGUCGAAACGGCAUCGGGACUGAAUGUGUGCAGAUCGUUGGAGAAUGUUCAUAGAAACAUCGACUGACGAACACGAUUACCAAAACACACCACCAUCCGUAAAUACUGUAUAUUUAUUUUAGCUAAAUUAUCAUUUUGACUGUACAAGACUGUAAAAUUGUUUGCUUAUGUUCAAGAUAUUAUACGAUAUUUGAUAUCUGUGCAGUUCAUCUAAAUGGACUCUUUCUUUAAUUUUUUUCUUAAGGGGCAAUAAAAUAUUUUUUUAAACUUGUUUAUAUAAUAAAGUACAAUAACAAUGUAAACAAUGGCGUUAUGAUUUUAAAUCAGUUGAAUUUAAUCACUGCCUUCAUAAACUUUUAGUAUCCCACUUUUCACAUUUA